AUGGCUGACGACCUGACCAAGGAGCCCACCCAGGGGCCUCCUGAUACCGCUGCUCCAGCAGAGGAGGAGCUUGACAGAUGUGAAGGAGCAUUUGCCCCUGAGGAUCAACGAGCUAUAGGGGGCGCUGUGGAGCAACUGGGUUUACGUCUCCUGGAGAAACUCGCCGUCAGCCCACAGCAGCCCAACGUCAUUGUGUCCCCGCUCAGCGUGGCUGUAGCACUGGCUCAGCUCACAUUAGGUGCUCGUAAUGAGACAGAGCGACAGCUUCUGCAGAGUCUCCACGCUCAGGAUCUGCCCUGUUACCAUCACGUUCUGGGUCGUCUCCUCCCCCACUUCAGCCAGUCGUCUCUGCAGGUGGCGGCGCGCACGUACCUGAGACCAGGGUUCGAGGUCAAGCUGUCCUUUGUUGAGGAGUCUCUGGCCAGGUACCAGUCCAGACCUGUUUCUCUGCUCUCAGUGGAGGAGGUUAACCAGUGGGUGGAGAACACCACCAGUGGUCACAUCUCCAACUUCCUGGAAAGUGUCCCUCAUGACGUGGUGCUAAUACUCGUCAAUGCUGUGUACUUCAAAGGUGAGUGGCAGACUCAGUUUGACCCUCAGGGAACCUCUAAAGGUGCGUUCUACGUGGACAGCCAGAACUCUGUGUCUGUGGACAUGAUGAAAUCUCCUCAGUACCCUCUGCGCUUGCUCGACCACCCUGAGCUUCAAGCACAGGUUGCUAGCUUCCCUUUUAAAGGAAACACCAGCUUCUUGGUGGUUCUGCCUCGAGGAAACAUUUCGUCCGUGUUGCCCAAACUCAACAUCUCCGACAUCUACGAACGUCUGCCUCAGGAGAAAAACAUGCAGGUCAGCUUACCAAAGGUCAAGCUGCAGUACCGCCAAGAGCUGCAGGAGGCGCUGAGCAGCAUGGGCCUCGACUCCCUGUUUUCUAGCCCUAACCUCUCAGGUGUUUCCGACGAGCCGCUCCGGGUGACGGGGGUCCAUCACGCCAGCACGGUGGAGCUCAGCGAGGAGGGCGUGGAGGCGUCAGCCUCUACUGCGGUGACAGCAACGCGCUCCGUCUCUGUCUUCUCCGUCAACUCCCCGUUUGUUUUUGCGCUGGUGGACGAUGCUUCCCUUAUGCCUCUUUUCAUGGGCGUGGUCACAAACCCCGCCCCCAACCAUGAACCCACACUGAACGAUGAUCCCAACAGCAACGCCACCAUGAGCGACCAACCUGUGACGGACACGGUUGAGAAAGCAGACACACUCAGUGAGCUGUGCAGCGAGACGGGGUCAGUGGGAGGUGGCACGCAAUCCUGCAGCGCCCCCUCUGGCGAGGAACAGCUGCAGAAUGAGCAGGAUGAUCCCUGCGUGUCGGCAUGA